AUGUCCACCUUUGUGGCCGGAGGACAAGCAAAGGUGGAUGAAAAUCCUUACUUUGAAAAUAAAGUUCUCUCCAAAGAAUUUCAUCUGAAUGAGAAUGGUGAUCUAUCUUCAAAUUCCACUGAAAUCAAAUGGAAAUCUGGAAAGGAUUUGACGAAACGUUCAAGUCAAAUGCAGAAGAAAGACAGCAGAAAGAGACAGCAUGAAGAACCAGAGAGCUUCUUUACCUGGUUUAUUGACCAUUCUGAUACAGGUGCUGAUGGGUUAGGAGAGGUCAUUGAAGAUGACAUUUGGCCAAAACCAUUACUGUACUACUUGGUUCCUGAUAUGGAUGACGAAGAAGAAGGAGCAGAAGAUGAUGAUGAUGAAGAAGACAAGGAAGGAUUAGAAGAUAUUGAUGAGGAAGGGGGUGAGGAUGAAGGUGAAGAAGAUGAUGAAGGAAAGGAAGGAGAGGAGGAUGAAGGAGAAGAUGACUAA